GUAGUUGAAAGCUUGGACAAAAUAUGAAAAUCGAUCACAAAUUCCUUUGAGAUAUAAUACCAAAGAUAUGAUACUAUGGCAGCUAACGUGACUCAUCAUAAAAACGCGUAGAAUCGUAGAGGUGGUAUAUAAUGCGUCGCUAAGAGUUACAGGACUCAAAUGCGAUCUGAGUUUAGUGAGCUGAACGUGUCAAUUCGCAUGCGUACUGACAAAUCGUGUCGUCUUUGGUUGUGAAUGUGCGUGCUUAGUACCCACUCUACUACAGCGAGGUUGAUACAGACUUAGUCCCUACUGCCAGUGUAACGGGCAAGACGCCAAAUUCGCUGACCAUAGGCAAACCCGGUUUAUUUGUGCAAAAAUAAUUUGUUAUACAAUUACAGCGAUCCGUGAGAUCUGUAUGAAGCUCUGUAGUUCUGCAUGAAGAAUUGAUAAAUUAUAAUUGUGACAAAUUAUAAUCAAACACAGCAAGAACGAUAUUAAAUCGUAUUAAAAUAUUGUUACGGACGAUUAAUUUUUUGUUUUCAUUAAGAGUGAAUUUAAUUUAAAAUACACGGGCAACGCAAUUGCCAACCACGGCGCCAUGUUGACAACAAUUUUAAUUGCUUUGUCUCUGUUACUCGUUUACAUCGCCCAGCAAACACGGAAGAGGAGAAACUUCCCGCCAGGUCCUUUUCCUUGGCCACUUGUCGGUAAUCAAUCUUAUGUUCAUAUGUUGAGUCGAAAACUCGGCGGACAACAUUACGCUUUUCUGGAACUCUGCAAACGUUAUGGCAGUAAUAUCAUAUCUUUACGGCUAGGCGGUAACGAUGUCAUAGUUGUUUCCGAUAGUAAGCUUAUUCAGCAGGUAUUUAAUAAAGAAGAAUACGAUGGACGUCCUUGGAAUGAAUUCACGAAAAUACGAAAUUUUGGCAAGAAAAAAGGAAUCACGUUAAACGACGGCCCGGAGUGGAAGGAAUUACGUGGUUGGACGGUGCGCAAUCUAAAGAAUGUGGGUUUCGCUAGACAAAAAAUGAGAGAAUUACUUAGGAGUGAGUUGGAGAUUAUUUUGGAAAAAUUGGGGGAAGGCGGUGUACGAUACGUGAAACAUGCUAUCAUACCGGCUGUGAUAAACGUUCUCUGGACAUUAUUAACUGGAGACCAACUCGGCAAUGACACGAAGCUGCAUCAAUUUAACAAAUUAUUGGAACGUCGCGCGCAGCUCUUUGACUUGAGUGGAGGACUCCUCUCGUCAUUUCCAUGGCUCCGUUACAUCAUGCCCGACGCGACCGGAUAUAAUGUUCUCAUUUCUUUGAACAACGAAAUAAAGAAUCUGCUAAUGGCUACCAUUAACGAGCACAAACGACAAUAUCACAAGGGAGCCGAAGCGGAUCUUAUCGACUUAUUUCUUUAUGAGAUGAAAAGGGAAAAGACGACAAAGUCUGAAACUACUUUGUUUUCAGACGACAAUCUUCUUCUUCUGAUGAUCGACUUUUUCAUCGCCGGCACUAACAACACAACGGCAGCACUCGAUUUCCUCUUUUUUCACAUGGUCAAGUACCAAGACGUGCAAAACAAAUUACACGAAGAGAUCGACCGCGUGAUAGGCUCCAACAGACUGCCAAACUUGGAAGACAAACUGAACAUGCCUUUCACGGAAGCUGUAAUAAUUGAGUGCCAACGUAUAUGGUCCAUCUUUCCCAUAAUUGGACCACGGCGUGUUCUCGCCGACACGACUCUCGAAGGUUACACGAUACCGAAGAAUGUCAUCGUCCUGAUGAAUGUGUUUGCUCACAACAUGGAUCCGGAAUUGUACCCGGAUCCGGAGUCGUUUAAACCGGAGAGAUUUAUGAAGGAUGACGCCUUUCAAUCGGACGAUAAUAUCACAACAUUUGGAAGAGGCAGAAGAAGAUGUCCCGGUGAAGCGUUAGCAAGAUCGUCCAUCUUCCUACUAUUUGUCGGCGUGAUGCAGAAGUAUCGACUACUUCCGGUGCCAGGUGAAGAAUCCAUCAAGCUGGAUGUAACUACCGGCAUAAACGUUAUACCAAAGCCUUAUAAGACUUUACUUGUGCCGCGAUAAUAUUUAUAGACUUGAUACUUCAAACUACUUUGCUUGUGAAGUACUUGCAAGAUAAGUAUAUUAUUCUUUCCCUUUUCCCUUGGUUCAUAAAAUAUUCUUGGGAGUUAUAAUAUAAUUUUAUUGCUUUCGAGGAAAAGCGAAUUGAAACACAAACAGUUCAGUCAGUGUGCUUUUUAUUGUAACAAAUUUUUAUGCAUUUUUAAAUGAUUAAUAAAAUCAUUUUUAUUCCAUAAAUACUUCAACCGCUUACGAUUCUACGUAUCCCGUGCUGUAUUUACGAUCCCGACGACAUAAAUUGUUCGCUUCCGGUCAUAUUUAA